AUGGAGCGGGAGCCCAUGUCCCCCGACGACCGCCCCGAGUCGUCUGCGGCUGCGGCGGCGGCGCAGCAGAAGCCGCAGCCGCUGGAGUGGCGGUUCGCGCAGGUCUUCGGCGAGCGCGCCGCGGGAGAGGAUGUGCAGGAAGUGGACAUGAUCUCUGCAAUUGAGUUUGACAAAUCUGGCAAUCAUCUUGCCACUGGAGAUAGAGGUGGACGUGUGGUUUUGUUCGAAAGAACAGACAUCAGUGAUAAUGCUAGUCGAAGAGAACUUGAGAGGCAAGAAUAUCCGGUUGCUAGGCAUCCUGAGUUCCGUUACAAGACUGAAUUUCAGAGUCAUGAACCUGAGUUUGACUACCUAAAAAGUUUGGAAAUAGAAGAGAAGAUUAACAAGAUCAAGUGGUGCCAAACAGCCAACAACGCACUCUUUCUCUUGUCUACAAAUGACAAAACAAUCAAGUAUUGGAAGGUUCAAGAGAAAAAAGUGAAACGGGUUUCAGUGAUGAAUUUGGAUACCUCCCAAAGUUCAGACAAUGGUUCAACUUCAAGUCCGGGUACCAGUAGUUGCAGAGCUCUUCUUCCAAAUGGUGGAUGUUCAGAAAUGAUGUACAGUCCGAACAACAAUAUAUCAUUUCCUCCAGGAGGAUGUGCAUCGCUGCGUUUGCCUGUGGUGGUUACGGGCCAAGAAUUUAAUCAUGUCGCGAGAUGCCGACGUGUAUAUGCACAUGCUCAUGACUACCAUAUUAAUUCCAUUUCAAAUAAUAGCGAUGGAGAAACAUUCAUAUCAGCAGAUGAUCUGCGAAUAAACCUUUGGAAUUUAGAAAUUAGCAAUCAGAGCUUUAACAUUGUUGAUGUGAAACCUGCAAACAUGGAGGAUCUAACUGAGGUGAUUACUUGUGCGGAGUUCCAUCCAACUCACUGUAAUACACUAGCAUAUAGUAGCUCAAAGGGUACUAUCCGGCUUAUUGAUCUGCGGCAGUCAGCACUGUGUGACAACCAUGCUAAACUAUUUGAGGAACAUGAAGCACCUGGAUCAAGAUCCUUUUUUACAGAGAUAAUAGCAUCAGUUUCAGAUAUAAAGUUUGCAAGGGACGGAAGGCACAUUCUUAGUCGUGAUUAUAUGACACUCAAGUUGUGGGAUCUAAACAUGGAUUCAGGCCCAGUUGCAACUUUUCAGGUUCAUGAAUACUUACGUCCUAAGCUUUGUGAUUUAUACGAGAAUGAUUCAAUUUUUGACAAAUUUGAAUGUUGUCUCAGCGGUGAUGGACUCCGUGUUGCAACUGGUUCUUAUAGUAAUUUGUUUCGUGUUUUUGGUGGUUCUCCUGAAAGUACGGAGGCAUCAACUUUGGAAGCCAGCCGAAAUCCCAUGAGGCGACAGGUUGUUAAUCCAGCAAGGCCUGCACGGACUCUGACUUCUUUGACCCGUGCUGUGAGGAGAGGUGGAGAAAAUACAAGUAUUGACGCCAAUGGAAAUUCUUAUGAUCUCUCAACAAAACUCCUCCAUCUUGCGUGGCACCCAACUGAGAACUCCAUCGCGUGUGCUGCCGCAAAUAGUUUGUACAUGUAUUAUGCAUAG